ACGUCAGUUGAUAACUAAGGAGUGUGAUAUGGAUGGAGUGAAGGUGCUCUCUCCUUGAAAGAAGGGAAACAACGGAACGAGUGGGAAAACUUCUACUCUAUGUGACCAGACAUGUUUUAGAGGUGUCAUGUUACCAGCUUGGGCGGUCGGGAGAGUGGUUGCUCGAGCGUUUGUCUCAGGAAUUAAUUAUUCUGGUAGUGGUAACCGCGAGAACAAAAGUCUAGUUGAGGAUCAGAAGCUUUCCUCUAUCCAAUUAAACGCAGCAGCAUGUGGAUACUCAAAGUCAUUUUCAUCAGCACAGAUAUUCAAAAAAUAUAUCUUCGGUGACGACUCCUGUUUUAUAGCCAGGCAUCGACUUGGGGAUGUUAUAGGUGUGGCUGAUGGUGUCGGAGGAUGGCGUGCCUAUGGUGUCGAUCCAUCCCAAUUUGCACAUUCCCUUAUGCGCACAUGUGAGCGCCUGGUCAGUGAGGGUCACUUCCGUCCCGAAUCUCCAGAAGCCAUUAUAGCUGCAAGUUAUUCAGAGCUUAUGGAAAACAAAGUACCACUUUUAGGAAGUUCAACAGCAUGUGUUGUAUCACUCUUCCGUGAAGAAAAGACAAUCUACACAGCUAACCUUGGAGACAGUGGGUUUCUUCUUAUACGUAAUGGCAAUGUAGUCCACAGAUCUGAGGAACAAACACACUACUUCAACACACCUUUCCAGCUAGCAGUAGCUCCACCUAUGCAAGAGGGUCUGGUGUUAAGUGAUAGUCCAGAGUCUGCCCAGCGCACCUCCUUUAGUGUGGAAGAAGGUGACAUAAUCGUGGUGGGAACUGAUGGGCUGUUUGACAACAUGAGUGAAGGAAUGAUUUUAGAACAUCUUAAGACACUUAAGGACCAUAAACCAGAGAACAUUAAACGCACAGCUAGAACUCUUGCUAAGACGGCAAGAGAACUCUCAUUUGAUCCUGACUACAUGUCUCCCUUUGCACAGCAAGCUCAGGAACACGGAAUAGAAUGUAAAGGUAGGGGCUAUAACUGAAAGGAAUUGCAUUCAGCUGAUGUUUUUGGUUUAAAGUCAGGCGGUAUCAGUUUUCUAUCAGUCAGUUUUAGUUAAUCAUGGAAAGAUCAAGGCAAAUCUAAUCAUGACCAC